GAUAGGAAGGUACCUUGGAAAGCCAUUCUCACCAGUCCGCCAGUUUUAUCAGCAACCGUUGUUGCAACAUUCAACGGCUGGACAUUCGUGGUUCUUCUCUCCAUGCUUCCUACUUACAUGAAGGUCAUGCUCGGAUACAGCAUCCAGGCUAAUGCCUUGUUGACGUCUUUGCCGCAUUUGGGACGAGCCUUGUUUUCACUUGUGUACAGCUACGCCGCAGACCACGUGCUUAAACGGAAAUGGUUUUCCGCCUCGUUCGUCAGGAAAUUCUCGACUGCAGUCAUGAGUCUUUCGAGGGGGAUUGGACUCUUCGUCAUCUCAUUCCUGGGUUGUGAUGCGGAAACCACAGUCAUAAUCUUCGUCAUUUCCGGAAUUUUGAAUGGCGCCGCGUCAUCAGCGAUCGGGCCGUGUCUCAUGGAAAUGUCGCCGAAUUUCAUUGGGACGACUUACGGAAUAUUCAACACGGGGUUUGCCGUUUCUGCGAUCGUCGCUCCAGUGAUUUCUGCGUCAAUCAUCAAGGGGAAUCAAACCUUCGACACUUGGGCGACUGUAUUUCAAAUCGCUGCGGCGUUUUCGCUGACUUCCUGCUUGGGCUUCAUGAUAUACGGCUCAGCUGAAGAACAACCUUGGAACAGAUAUGGCGAGACUUCUGCUAAAAUUCAGCCUUCAACAGGGAAUGAAAUCGAGGAAAGCAAAGCAAAUUCCAAUUUGGAUUCCGUCCAGAUCCCAGAAGCGUUCGAAUUCAACACGAAGACAUCAGUUGCCUCGAGAAACUCGAACCAAACCUUCGACACUUGGGCGACUGUAUUUCAAAUCGCUGCGGCGUUUUCGCUGACUUCCUGCUUGGGCUUCAUGAUAUACGGCUCAGCUGAAGAACAACCUUGGAACAGAUAUGGCGAGACUUCUGCUGAAAUUCAGCCUUCAACAGGGAAUGAAAUCGAGGAAAGCAAAAGCUUGUGGACUGAUAAAUUAUUCCAUGCAAUCGCAGUGCUGGACGGAUUGCCGCUCGAUAUCCGGUCUUCUGAAUCGGAAACAAAAGAAGCCCAACAUGGCUCCCAAGACAAUCGAAAUGCACAAAUGAACGUUAUAGAUCAUGAAAAUCAGCAUAAGGAAGUAUCCGAUGAGUGUUUGGACUCCAUACAAUCCAGUGCUCAAAACAUGCCGGGAUAUAGUCGUCGUCCUGUAAGGAUAACCAACCACUCGAAGGCCAUGGACAUGGCGAACACGCAAAACCACGAGGCCACAAAUGAUCCGACGUUUUCUGUUUGCCAAAACUCGAACAAGAUCACUUCUUUGGUUCCCAAAUGGAAGAACAUCUAUGCGAUGAGGUUU